GGGGAAGGCGUCGGGUAGGGCGUCCCCGGCCGCCUGGGGUCCUGCGGGGCGGCGGGCGGGCGGGCGGAUCGGUGUCUCCUUCACUUCGCCCUCCAGUGCCAGCGGCUGCAGCAACGCGGCCUCCUCACCGCCAGACCCUCCCGCACCUCCCGGACCCGCUCCGCCCGGACCCGCGCUACCCAGCUCCAAUGGCGAUUCCUCCAUCAUAUGUAGACCUUGGCAAAUCUGCCAGAGAUAUCUUCAAUAAAGGAUAUGGUUUUGGGUUGGUGAAACUGGAUGUGAAAACAAAAUCUGCAACUGGAGUGGAAUUCACAACAUCUGGUUCAUCCAACACAGACACUGGGAAAGUGAAUGGGAGCUUGGAGACCAAAUACAAGUGGGCUGAGUAUGGGCUGACUUUCACAGAAAAAUGGAACACAGAUAACACUCUGGGAACAGAAAUUGCAAUUGAAGAUCAGAUUGCCAAAGGCUUGAAGUUGACAUUUGAUACAACUUUCUCACCAAAUACAGGAAAGAAGAGUGGUAAAAUUAAGUCAGCUUAUAAACGUGAAUGCCUAAACCUAGGCUGUGAUGUUGACUUUGAUUUUGCUGGACCUGCAAUCCAUGGUUCAGCUGUCUUUGGUUAUGAAGGCUGGCUUGCUGGUUAUCAGAUGACUUUUGAUAGUGCCAAAUCAAAAUUGACAAGAAAUAACUUCUCUGUGGGUUACAAGACUGGAGACUUCCAACUGCACACUAAUGUCAAUGAUGGUUCAGAAUUUGGUGGGUCAAUUUACCAGAAAGUGAGUGACAGUCUUGAAACUGCUGUCAACCUGGCUUGGACAGCAGGUAGCAACAGCACUCGUUUUGGCAUUGCAGCUAAAUACAAGUUGGAUUCCACUGCUUCUAUCUCUGCAAAAGUGAACAAUUCUAGUUUAGUUGGAGUGGGUUACACCCAGACCCUGAGGCCAGGUGUGAAGCUUACACUGUCUGCCCUGAUAGAUGGAAAGAGCAUCAAUGCUGGUGGCCAUAAACUUGGUCUUGGCCUGGAACUGGAGGCUUAAAAAAGUGAAGAAACUGCUGCAGAGAAGGGAUAUCAGAAGAAUUUGGCCUUAAAAUGUAUUUCCAAUGUGACCAGCAGGUUUUUUGUUUUUUUCGUUUUUUUUUUUUUUUUUUUUUUUUUUUCCAAGAAGGAUGACCUAGAACAAGAGCUGUAUUUGAAGUAUUUAGACAGUUACUUGUUAGCUGGUUUCUAGAUAAAUUGGUUACCCAUCUAGUAAAAACUCUGCAUUAGUGCAGUCACUGAAACAUUAUUUAAAUGUAUUUAACUGUUUAAUGCGCUACCCACAAAUAAUGAAAUAGACAUUUAUGAAAACUGUACAAUUGUGUGCAUGUUUGUUUUUAUGUUCCUUUUGACAUUCAAUAUUGCUAUUGAAUGAAAAAUGGAUCAGUGGAUGUUUUGAAAUGAGGUCGAUGACUUUGUUAAAUCACCUGAAGUAGAAAUACAUUUGGUAUCCCAAGACAAAUUAUGAAUAAAACAAGUACACACACAUCUUUGUGCCUCAGAUAUUUUAAGAGUUAAGAUAUAUGAGGGUAGUGCUCAGUUAAGUUUUAACUUUUAACUGAAAAUAAUCCAAGACUUGUAGUGCUCUUUACCUUUGUGCAAUUAAGGACCCCGCCCCACCCAUGGCAACACUGAAUAUAGAUGGUUUUCACUUGAACAGCUGGAUUCCUCAAGCAAGUUGAAUGUGCUUUUCUGUCAGGUAAGACUUGUCAUGACACAACACUUUAAUUCCUCCUGUGUUCCACAAGCAAGAUUUCCUGCAUUACUUGUUGGCCUCCUGAUGCAAAGAGGGCAGAGUGAUGUACUUGGUGCACCGAGACAUUUAAGAACUGCUCCUUGAUGCUUUUGCUUAAGGGGUGAAAAACCUCACCACAAACACACCUUUUGCUUAUGUUUGUAUGAAGUGAGACCUAUCUCUGCAACUGAAUGUAACAGUGUAAUGGUAUAACGGCCUGCUUAUCCUAAUGCUGUGAGAGGUUUCUGCUUAAAAUGACUGAAAUAAAGGCUUAAUUUUAAAUGGA